AUGUCAGGCGCACCAGUCAGCCUCGAUAGCAUCGCGACCAAGAUCCCUCAGGAGGAUGCCCACUUCCACCGCGAAACCGUGGCCGACCUCUUGGACCGCAAACAGACUAACUUCCCCGGCGCGCAACCCGUCUCCUUCGCGCGACGGCACCUCACCGAGCUCCGACACACCGACUACUUCAUGUGCGAGAAGACCGACGGAAUCCGCUGCCUCAUGUUCCUCACCGAGAUCACGAUUAACCACCAACCCGCCGAAGCGCAGUUCCUCGUCGACCGCCGCAACGACUACUACUACGUCCAAACCGACUCGCUGCACCUCCCCGUCCCAGGCCCGGACGUCAGCAUGUACCACCGCGGCACGCUGCUGGACGGCGAGCUCGUGAAGCAAAAGCUCAAGAACGGCUUCAGACUCGCCUACCUCAUCUUCGACAUCCUAGCCAUCGACGGCGAGAACGUCACACAAAAGGGCUUCGACAAGCGCCUCGCGCGCAUCCAAGAACAUAUCGCCAAACCGCUCAAAGACUUCUCGCGCAAGUACCCGGAUGAUGUCGCGGCGCAACCGUUCCAGGUCGCGAUGAAGGAGAUGGAGUUCCCGUACGGGACGGAGAUGAUGUUCAGAGACAAGAUCCCGAACUUACCGCAUGGCAAUGAUGGGUUGAUAUUCACGAGUCGGGAGGACAAGUAUACUUUUGGCACGGACCCGAAGAUUCUGAAGUGGAAGCCGCCGCAUGAGAAUACGAUUGAUUUCCGGUUGGUUCUGGGCGCGUUUCCGAUGGAGAGGGAUGAGGAGGGAGAGUAUGAGGAUUGGGAUGCUAUGCCAGAUAUGGAGUUGUGGGUGAAUCAUGGGGAUGGGCAGGGGAAGGGGUAUAGGUUCUUUGAUGUGCUUACGGUGAGGGAGGCGGAGUGGGACGCGUUGAAGAAACUGGGACAGCAACUGGAUGGGCGGGUGAUAGAAUGCUAUCGCGAUCCGGACGCGGAUAGAGGUGUGGAUGUGUGGCGGCCGAAGCUCGACGAUGGUGUGCCCAGGUUCAGAGACGACAAGAAAGAUGCCAAUCACAUCUCGACGGUCGAUAGUGUGCUGGAGAGUAUACGGGAUGCUGUGACGGAGCAGGACUUGAAGGCGGAGGCGCAUGCGAUACGGACAGCGUAUAAGGAGAGGUUGAAGGUAAGGCAGGAAGCGGAGAAGAGGAGGGUCGAGGAGGAAAGGAGGAGGUAUGAGGAGGAGAAGAGGAGGGCGGCCGAGGAAGCUGCGAGGCGGGAGGCUGCGGCGGUCAAUGGAAAGCAUGAGGCACAGCAGAAUGGGAACGGGGUGAAGGAUGAGGAGGAGGAGGACGACGAUGGACCGGUGUACUCUGAGGAUUAA